AUGGAAGCCUCUCCCUCAACAUUCCCCGAGCCAGACGACCAACACGGCUGGCUGGCGUGGUUCGUCGCCGGCGGCAUCUUGACAUAUUUGAUAUUGAUCGUCCUCGGCAUCCCCGCCAACCUCUUCGUCCUCCUCAAAGUGCUACGGUUGCGCAGACGAAAACCGGACGCAUUCCGAUGCGGCACCGGGCUGUGCUUGUUGGUGAUGGCGGUGGCCGACCUGUUCUCCCUGGUGGCCAUCAUCUCGUUCGGGCACGUCUUCAGCGGGUUCGCCAUCCCGCUACCACUAUAUGGAUAUGAGGCUUAUUUGUGCAAGAUAACAAUCUUCACGAUGGGCACCGCCACGUCGGUGGCAAUUUGGUCGUGGCUUCUCAUGUCGAUUUUGAGAUGGAUGGCGCUCUACUACCCACUCCUCCACCGUACCCUCUACGAUUUCCCGCUGCGAAUUCUCUCCCUAAUCUUCAUCAUCGCGUCGCUGACCAACUGCUGGAUAUUCAUCACGGUCGACUACCGUAGUGAGCCGAGACCCGAAUGCACCCAGGAGCCGCUUUUUGGGAAUGACCAGCUGACAAGGUGGCUGCAUAUCAUUGAGAUUGGAUGGUCCUUUGUCAUCCCGAUCUUCAUCGUCGCCUAUCUCGACAUGGCCGCCCUGGUCGUCAUUCCGAAGUUGUUAAGGGCGAGUUCAAUGUUGAAAUCGGUCAGCCCACCCAAAAUUCGUGUUGAGCACAAACUACCGAGUUUUCAACGCAAAUGCAAGCGCACCCUGACGCGCUGGCUCCUCAUCGCCCUGGUUGACAUCUUGCUGAACGCGCCGGAGAACAUCCUGCGUCUGUACACGAUCCUCGGGUUCUUGACGAAGGAAGAUAUGGAUACGGUCCCGUAUAUCGUAUUCAAAACCAUAUCAGAUGUGCUCUACUACUCGCAAUACAGCUUCAACGCCCUCUACCUCGCCCUCUUCAUCUACGACAAGACGAUCAGCGACAAGAAGACGUUGCCGAGCGCUAUGAUCCUAAACCGGGUCCAAUUCGCGGCCAUUGUCUACGAUCGAGCGCGGGAUUGUCGAAGCAGAAAAGGCACUAAUGAAAACCUGCCCAGCGUCGAUAAAGAAACGCCGCCAGAAACCUCGAACACGGUGCGCGUCUCCCUCAAAAUGGAACUUUCAAAGCUGAUGGAGGACGAGACU